AUGAUGAUGAUGAGAGGCAGGAAUGAAGUUGAGCCGGGUAAGUGUUAAAGUUUGGAGUGAUUAGAGUUUGUGGAGAUCAAGAGUUGUAGUUCACAGAAAGCGGGAGGUGUUGAGUGUUAUGACUGCUGAUUGACGGUGAUUAUUGAUUGUUGAUUGUGCUGUUUAAUAGCAUAUGAGGUGGAGAUCAGCGCUUGAUUGCUACGAGAGAUGAUAUCUUGGCUAUUGAUUAGUGAGUUCUUGCAGUGACAGUUUGGGACGAGCAAGGGUCCUAAAGGAGAUCAGCAGCUAUCAGCAAGGAUCUAUAUCAGCAGAGUCCAGACUAAUCAAUCAGUCUUCAAGACAAUCUACGCUGAGGAAGAAGAGUAGGCUGAGAAUGUGGAGCAGCAGUGUGUAUGUCUGGCUGCUAUGGCGGAUUCUUAGCGCACCGAUUGUGAUCCCGCUGCGACUGGUGAUGCGGAUUAUACGCGGAGUAUUCUGGCCGAUCCCGGUGCUGGCGCGGUUCAUGUGGUCGGUCGUGCGGGCGAUGAGUUUUGCGCGAGUGAUUCUGGCGUCGCUGGACCCGUUGUAUUUCUUUUUCUUCACGGGGAUCUCGAUCGGGAUCGCAGUCGGGAUCGUGCUCGGGGUGUCGUCUGCGGCGGCGCAGUUUGUGCUGCAGAUUAACGGGGCAAGUCUACGACGGAAAGAGGCAAAUAAGACGAGGGUGAGUGUGAGUGUGAGAGGGAGAGGGUUUGAGGAUGGGGUGGAGAGGGAAGCGGGCCGGGAAGAGAGCCGGGAAGCGAGCCGGCGGAAGGAGAUUGACUACGACGGGUUCCGGGAGUGGUAUGACGAGGAGAGGGCUAAGAGGCUAGCGGCGAGGAAUGCAGAGAAUGAGGCGAGGAUAAACAAGGCCGAAAAGGAGAAGGAGGAGGAGGAAGAGGUAUAUCAAAGGACGAGGUACGAGCUAAAGUACGACCGGGGGUGGAUGACGCCUCCGAGUACUAUCCUGGAGGAGGAGGAGGAGGAGGAGGUUUAUGCAAGCGGGAGCGAGAACAGACGGCAAGAGGGACAGAGAAGCGAGGAAGAGACUAUGGAGCGAGGACGACGAAGAAGCUACGGCAAAAAGCGGCAGGGUCUGCAGAUGAGAUGAUAAAGGGCGAUAUUAAGCGAAGAAGAGAAGAGAAGAAGAUGCGGCACCAAGAGAACCGGCGAAGAAGGUAAUGAUUUCCUCUGUUUCAUGUUUGAUCCGACGGAAAUAGAAGAUUGCAACUAUUCGAGAUU